GGGGAGACUGCGCAGUCUGUAGCCUACACUUCCCGUGGAAAGCAGCAUACAAAAUUGCAUGUGUAAGCACAACUGAGUUAGCAGACCUGGGUUGCAGUGCAGAAUGUCCCGUUGAGGAGAAGAUAAAGCAACAGAAGAGGCAAGAGGACUACAUCAAGACCAGAAUCGUUCUGUUUUCUCCAUCCCGAUUACGUACACAGCGAUUCUCCACCGGGGAAAGAUGGGGUGCCAGACGGCAUUUAGCCCCCGACACCUUGUCCUCAAAGUGUUCUUGGUACAGUUACUCGCCUUUCUCCAGAAAACCUCUGCAGCCCCCUCGCCCAUUAUCAAGUUCCCAGGAGACGAUAGUCCAAAAACAGACAAAGAAGUGGCUCUGCACUAUCUGAACAAGUUCUAUGGCUGCCCACAAGACAGAUGUAAUCUCAUGGUGCUGAAGGACACCCUGAAGAAGAUGCAGAAGUUCUUCUCGCUGCAAGAGACGGGCGAGAUCGACCCCAAGACAGUGGAGAUCAUGAAGAAGCCCCGCUGUGGAGUUCCUGAUGUUGCCCAAUACAACUUCUUCCACAGGAAACCCAAGUGGCAGCAAAACGCCAUCACCUACAGGAUUCUAGGCCACUCUCCUGACCUGGACGAGGAGACUAUUGAUGACGCCUUCUUAAGGGCCUUCAAAGUGUGGAGUGACGUCACCCCACUCAAGUUCACCCGCCUCAUGGAUGGAGAGGCUGACAUCAUGAUUAACUUUGGCCGCAACGAGCAUGGUGAUGGCUACCCCUUCGAUGGUAAAGAUGGUCUGCUGGCUCAUGCCUUUGCUCCUGGACCAGGCACCGGGGGAGACUCCCACUUUGAUGACGACGAGCAGUGGACCCUGGGAGAAGGACAAGUUGUGAAGGUGAAGUUUGGUAAUGCAGAGGGGGAGUUCUGUAAGUUCCCCUUCAUGUUUAUGGGGAAGGAGUACAACAGCUGUACCAAUCAGGGCCGUGAUGAUGGAUUCCUCUGGUGCUCCACCACAUACAACUUUGACGACGACGGCAAAUACGGUUUCUGUCCCCAUGAGUUGCUGUUCACCCUGGGUGGAAACGCRGACGGAGCUCCCUGUAAGUUCCCCUUCACUUUCCAAGGGGAGAACUAUGAYGGUUGCACCACUCAGGGGCGUGACGACGGCUACCGCUGGUGUGCUACGACUGAGAACUAUGACAAUGACAAGUCCUACGGGUUCUGCCCUGAAACAGCCAUGUCCACCGUUGGAGGAAACUCGGAGGGUUCCCCCUGUGUGUUCCCCUUCACGUUCCUUGGAGACACUUAUGACAGUUGCACCGCUUCUGGACGUAGCGACGGCAAGAUGUGGUGCGCCUCCACCAAGAGCUACGACGAUGACCGCAAGUGGGGCUUCUGUCCUGAUCAAGGCUACAGUCUGUUCCUGGUUGCGGCCCAUGAGUUUGGCCAUGCCCUGGGCUUGGAGCACUCCCAGGACCCUGGCGCUCUGAUGGCCCCCAUGUACACCUUCACCAAGAACUUUAGACUGUCCAACGACGACAUCAAGGGCAUCCAGGAGCUCUAUGGUGCUGGUACAGACAAGCCCGUGCCUCCCACCCAGGGCCCAGUCACUCCUAUGGACAUCUGUAAUGAACCUGUGGUGUUUGAUGCUGUGGCCCAGAUCAGAGGAGAGACCUUCUUCUUCAAGGACAGGUUCAUAUUCAGGUCAACCAACUACACCUACUUCUUCAAAGGUGCCCACUACUUCAAAAUGGAUGACAGUAGCCUGAAGAUCGUCAAACUGGGCGAGAUUACAAAGGACUGGCUGGGUUGUCACUAAGCAACAGUGAGACGCAUAGACGUUGGCUAAGCUCUCAGCGGACUGAUUUCCCCCAUCCCUAUCCAACCAGCCUAUCCUGCACCCUAGCCUAGAAACUAAAGACACCCUCUAACACACCGUGGGACCAUCUACACAGGCUGAACAUAGGCAACAGGAUUUUGUAUUAUAUUACUGUGUGAUAUUAUCAGUUUAUGUGUUAUGAUGAUGCAGAUUUACUUUGAUCUCUUUAGCCUGUUGUUUGUUAUUAGAAACUCAAGACAUCAGGUAUGUCCACACUACAUAGAGACAGGCAGUGUUGUACUGGAAGAUAUUCUCCUAUAUAAAUGUAGCUUCAUCUGAGCAGUAUUGCAUCAUCUGAAGAAUGAAUGCUGUCUAUAUUUACUGCUAUGUCUGCAAUCUAGAGAGUACAUGAUACUGCAAUAGAAUGAGAAAUAGUCWAUAGUAAUUUCAGUGUUGUGGAAUACAUUUGAAAAUAUGAAUUUGCACAAWAUGUCUGGACAGAUAAUGGUGCUUAUAGAAAAUGCUUAUUUGCAUGAUCCUAUAUUUGAUAUGCRGUUUUUCUACAUUCUGUUCAGACUAUUUUCAGAAGUAAGUACUUAUAGACACACCUUAUUCUUCAAAUAGGGCUAGCACUUUGUAUUAGACUAUACAGGGGUACUGCACAAAUAUGGAGACCAAAUUCUCAAUUUUGUAGGAUCUGUCUAUUGUUUCACUGAUGGUACAGGGAGAUGAAAGGCACGGGCUGCCUAGAGACUGUAUCUGGUUUGUUGUUGCAUGAUGGAGUCAUGACAAGAGAAGUACCACAGAAGUAUUGUGUACUAAUCUUUUUGUAUUGUUGUUUUGAUACUGGUCAUUUUGUUUUGAUUCGUAUGCUUUUUUAUAAUGCUUUGUGCAAUGUGUUAUUCUCUGUCUGUAAAAUAAUAAAGAUGGAUGGUCAAUACAUGUUAAA